UUAAGUCAAACAAGAAACAAGCAGAUUUUCCGAACUCCCCACCUGUUACUUCCCCUCACGCACGACACUCCAGCUCAAAAAACUCAGAGCUCCACUCUCUCUCUCUCUCUCUCCUCUGGUCUGCUCUGUCUCUCCCCAACAUGGCGGCCUCUCUCUGCUCCGCCAAGCUGAUCGCCGCCUUCCUCCUCGUCUCCGCCGUCCCCUUCGCCUACCUCAUCGCCCUCGAGCUCUCCCCGCCCUCCACCCACGUCUUCCACUACCACGGCUCCGGCUUCCUCCGCGAGUGCGCCAAGUGGGACGCCCCCGGCCGCCGCUUCCUCGUCUCCUUCCUCGAGGGCGGCGUCGGCCAGGUCCCCGUCCCCGACGACGACCACCGCUCGCCGCCGCCGCCCGCCGCCGCCGUGCUCGAGGAGGCCACGAUGAUCAAGGACGCCGACCUCGCCGGGAACGCCUCCCUCGGGCUCGCCGUCGACGCGGGGAGGGGGCGGCUGCUCGUCGCCGUCGCCGACGUGAUCGGGAACAAGUACUCCGCCGUGGCGGCCUACGAUUUGUCAACGUGGAAGCGGACGUUCCUCACGCAACUCAGCGGCCCAAGCGAUGAGAAGUCCUUUGCGGAUGAUGUUGCAGUGGACGCCGAGGGCAACGCCUACGUGACCGAUGCCAAAGCAAGCAAAAUCUGGAAGGUUGGGCCGGACGGCGAGCUCCUCUCCAUCAUCCGAUCCCCGCUGUUCAUCCCGAAGGAAUGGUACAGAAACCUUGUCGGGCUGAAUGGCAUCGUGUACCACCCGGACGGGUACCUCCUAGUCAUCCACACGUUCAGCGGCAAGCUCUUCAAGAUUGAUGUCACGAACGGAGGGGAGGAAGUGAAGGUGGUCGACGUCGUGGGAGGCCCGCUGACGUUCGGGGAUGGUCUGGAGUUGCUGUCUCCUACCAAGCUCGUGGUUGCAGGAAAUCCUUCAGGGAGAUUGGUAGAGACUCUAGACGGGUGGCAGAGCGCUUCUGUUGUGGGGAGGUUCAAGGGCCCUUCGCAUAGGUUGGCGACCGCCGCCACAGUGAAGGACGGAAAGGUGUAUCUGAAUCACAUGUUCGGGCUCGGGUACCCAAAAAAGAAGCAUGCUCUCGUCGAGGCGGUUUUCUCGACAUGAGGAGAGGAAAGGGAUGAACAUUUUCUGGAGAAGAAAUUGGAGUUCGGCUAAAUUAUACCAAGUCCGGCUAAAUCAUACUUUUCUGGAUUCAUGUUGUAUGUGUAGAGAACAGAGGUCGAAGAGCUUAAGGGUAUUCUGUGAAAUGUGAUGGUGCUUUUUUUCUUCUUUGAAUUGGCAAGAACUAUUUAGUUUUGGAUGAAGGGCUGUGAAUUCUGGGUCCUGUCCUCAUGGAUCUGUUUGGCAGGCAAGGGUUAUGCAAUAAUGCAAAGGAUCAGAAAA